CUCGUGGACCGCACUAUAAAGCGGACUUAGUGAGUUACAGGAGCAUCACACUUCAUCUAUCUUCACCAUGUUCACCAAGACUAUCGUUGCCCUCGCCCUUGUGGCCGUUGCUGCAUCUGCUCCUUCUCUACCAGCCUAUGGCUAUGCUCCUCAGCCAGCCUAUGAGGUCCCUGCCAAGUACGACUUCAACUAUGCUGUGAAGGACGACUACUCCGGCAACGACUUCGGUCACCAGGAGGCCCGUGAUGGCUAUGACACCCAGGGAGCCUACUACGUCCUCCUUCCCGACGGUCGUCUGCAGAAGGUCGCCUACACUGUAAACGGCGACUCCGGCUACGUGGCUGAGGUCAGCUACGAGGGUGAGGCCCAGUACCCCGAGUACAAGCCAGCUCCUUACCAUCCUGAACCUGCCUACAAGCCAGCUCCUUACCAUCCCGAACCUGCCUACAAGCCAGCUCCUUACCAUCCCGCACCUGCCUACAAGCCUGCCCCUACCUACAAGCCUGCCCCAACAUACGAACCUGCCCCUACCUAUGAGACCACCCCAGCCUACGCCUAAAUGAUUAUUUUUUUAAUUAAAAUAUUUGGAUGAAUAUUUAUUAAACUGAA